AUAAGCAGUGAAGGCGAGAACCCCGAGCCGAGACACCGGGAGAGACAGAGAGGUGUCUAUUUCUUUGAAGUUGGAAGGAAGGGAAAGAAUCAAGUAGCAGCACGGUUGGACAUGGCGAUGAGAGAUAUGGUUACGGGAGGCGCGGCUUGCGCCGUUCCGGGCUCUUCUUCUUCUUCAAAUCCUCUUGGUGCACUUGCGAAUUCUCUGCUGGGCUCCGCUUCAAAGAGUCAGGAAAGAGUCAAGGAGCUCCCUGGUACUACAAUAACAGGUCCAGAUACUCCAUUUUACUCUGGGAGUAACGAUCAUGUAGCAACACUCCCUGGAUCUGAAUAUGAUCAUCAACAAUACCGGCACCCUGAUACUCAGGGCUCAGAAUUCCUUCACAGCUUCCGUUCUGCAGAUCAGGGAGGUUUUGCAGAUGCCUGGGAUGAGGUUCAUCGUGCUCCAGUUCCUCCUCAUGCUUUGGGAAGAGAAAGUCAUCCCCAAAUGGCUGAAUUUGAGCAGAUUUAUGGCCCUGGUGUUAGUUCUCAGCUCCAACCGACCUGGGAUGGGCCACCACAGAGGGUCUUGUCUAGUUUUUUGCACUCUUUUGUGGAGAGUGGCCGUGCUGGUCUUCCUUUUCAUCCGGUGUCGCUUCCAGUUUUGGGAUUGUCUGAAGGUGACAAACAAUGCAUACGUGAUCGUAGCAGCAUAAUGGCACGACACUUCUUUGCAGAUAAGAGUGAAGAUUUUAUCAAUGCACAGAUAAACGCUCUGCUUCAUUCUUUAGAUAUUGAUAAUGAUCUCCGGGCUAAGGGUCCUCUACCAGUGAGAUUCCAGGAGUUGGAAGAGUAUUGGAACGAGUCCCAACGCACCACAAGACCUGGUGCUCCUCAUGCGGUAGAUGGCUGGGUUUCUGAAUACGGCCAGUACAGAACAGCACAUGGUGAUCCUGAAGCCUGGGCACGCUCCUUUGAACAACAACAUGGUGCUAAUGGUUGGGCCUCUGAAUUUGAGCAGGAACAAUCUCAAAUCACAUCAAUGGGUAAUAUGAGAAGUGGAAACAUAUCAAGCAUGGCAGCAAUACAGCAGACCCGUAUGCUUGCACAUACAUUAGCUCAGAAUGAGGACCCAAAGUUUCAGAAUUCAAAGUUCCUUCAGUUUGUCUCCAAGAUGAGCCGUGGUGAACUUAUCAUUGAUGAUAAUCAGGUAAAACCAGCUGGGUUGUCUGCCUCAGGUGAUUGGGUUGAGGAAUAUAAAGAGCACUAUAAUGGGGUUUCUAACGCAUGGACUGCACCGUUUAUGCCUGAUCAGACUCAUCCUGGAGCUGAUAGAUGGGUGAAUGAGUUUACUACCGAACGGGAGCAAGAUGGAUCACUUGAUGAUACGUGGGUCAACGAGUUUUCCAAGUUGCAUGUUCAGGAUUGGGCAGAAGAAUUUGGGCAGCAAGUUCGUGAAGGAGCUUUGGAGGGGAGCUCAGCUGAUAAUUGGGCAAAUGCAUAUGAUGAGUUCCUAAAUGAGCAAAUAGCUGUCACACAACGGUCAGAUACAUCACGAGGGGUAUACGUCUUUUCUGAUUUGAACCCUUAUGUUGGUCAUCCCAAUCCCUUGAAAGAGGGGCAGGAGCUGUUUCGUAAAGGGCUACUGAGUGAAGCUGUUCUUGCUUUAGAGGCUGAAGUUCUGAAGAACCCUGAUAAUGCUGAAGGUUGGAGGUUACUUGGAAUAACUCAUGCGGAGAAUGAUGAUGAUCAACAGGCUAUCGCAUCCAUGAUGCGUGCACAGGAGGUGGACCCAACAAACUUGGAAGUGCUUCUUGCUCUCGGUGUGAGUCAUACUAACGAGUUGGAGCAGGCAGCAGCACUGAAAUUCCUAUAUAGAUGGCUUCAACAUCACCCUAAGUAUGGAAUGCUCGCCCCCUCGGAGCAGUCGGAUUCUCUGUAUUAUGCUGAUGUUGUUAGGUUAUUCAGUGAAGCUGCUCAGAUGUCACCAGAUGAUGCUGAUGUCCAUAUUGUACUUGGUGUCCUCCACAACCUAACGAGAGAAUAUGACAGGGCUAUUGCUUCCUUUCAGACUGCAUUGAAACUCAAGCCACGUGAUUAUUCUCUCUGGAACAAACUUGGUGCAACACAAGCUAACAGUGUUCAGAGUGCAGACGCAAUUUUGGCUUAUCAACAGGCACUAGAUUUGAAGCCGAAUUAUGUUCGUGCAUGGGCAAAUAUGGGUAUAAGUUUUGCCAACCAGGGUCUAUAUGGGGAGUCUAUUAGAUACUAUGUGCGUGCACUCUCUAUGAAUCCCAAGGCCGAUAAUGCCUGGCAAUAUUUGAGGAUUUCACUCAGCUGUGCUUCUCGAGAUGACAUGCUGGAAGCUUGUGACUCCAGAAAUCUUGAUGUUCUUCAGAAGGAGUUUCCCCUCUAACAUUCUUUUAUCUUUGGAUGGAGCAUCAGAUGAUGCUUGGCAUUGAAUAAGGUUCAGGUUCCGGGGACCUGCUUCGGUAAUUUCAUAUUC